UUCGAAUGAAAAGGCACGAAUCACAACAAGUUAAGCUCAUGAAAAAUGAUGUUUUGUUGCACUUUACACGAUUCAGUAAUUAUGACUGUGCAUGUAGACCUACAGGGCGUUAUUUUAUGAAACUUUUAAAGGACGAAGAAGAAGUGCUCGUUGUGAACCCAUCAUGAAAAGUUAGAAAAUUGCUGAGUUUUUGAAGUUUUAUCAUUGCCGCGGCAUUUGAAUGAUUUGGAUCGAAAAUCAUGUCCAGCCACAAGUUCAUAAUAUUUCUAAUUGCCAGUAGCCUAAUAUUGGAUGUAACAAGUCAUGUUUCUCUAACCUACCCAUGGGCUCGGAUGUACGAUUUUGAUUUCCUAGACAGUGUUAGGACACCAGGACCCUGUGGAAUGCCAAAAGGUAAUGGUCCAGUUACAACCUUAGCUGCAGGUUCUUCAUUGAACAUAACCUGGCACCUUGGUUACCCCCAUAAGGGUGGAUAUCGACUUGAGCUAAUAAGUGGAAAUGGUACAGUUAUCUCUCAGCUUGUCCCUGCAGUCAGUGGGGAAUGGACUGGGGCCCAUGAUGUCAUCACCCAAUCAGAUGAAAUUCAGCUUCCCGUUGGUUUGACGUGCAGUAAUUGUUCUCUGAGGCUAUUGAGGCAAGCCUUAGAAUGGGGGUCUGGCUAUACUUUCUGGUCCUGCGCUGACCUAAACAUCAUGAGCACUGCUGAAGAUGUACCAUAUGAUGAAAAGUGUUCCAGUAAAGGUGCUUAUGUGAAUGAAACAUGUAUUUGUGACACUUUAUACACUGGGGAUAAGUGUCAAUACAAAGAUGAAUGUGAAGAAGACAGCCACUGUGGGGGUCAUGGAAGAUGCAUCAACAUUGAUGCCACCUCCUACCCAAAGAGACAAUGUUAUUGCCAGCCUGGAUGGUUUGGUAGAUCCUGUCAGAGAAAGUCCACAGUGCCAAGCAUUGAGUUUGACCCAAACUUGUAUCAGAGAAAGACUUUAGACCAUCUGGGUGAGGUCAAUCUGUACUAUAGGGUGCUACAGGAUGAAGGUGAAAUGGAGAUGGUCAUUCAAGCCAAGACAACAUCAUGGGUGGCCCUUGGUUGGAGGCCUCAAGGAAUUGAUUCUACAUGUCUGAACUUCCCAGUAGAAGGUGUUGUAAGUGUCCCAGAACCUGAACCUGAACCUACAAAUCCCACUACUAGGGACCCGACCCUCCCACUGCCUCUCCCCUGUACAGGAAGUUUCAUGGUUGACUGUAUCAAAUCAGGUGGUACCUGUGGUUUCUACAAAGCAUGUUGGACAUAUAAUGAUGCUGCAGAAAGCAUCACUUUCACUCUUAGUUCUAAUAUUACCAAUAAGUACCUUGCAAUUGGACUUAGUAAAAACAGACUCAUGUUUGACUCUGAUAUGUACAUAGGCUGGAUGAUGGACAAAAAUGUUGUCAUAUCAGAUCGCUAUAAUCCAGAAAAUUCAAAGAGAAGGCCAAAAAAAGACGAGCAACAAGAUGUGAGCAACUUAAAAGGUUCAAUUGAAGAUGGAAUUGUGACACUUCAGUUUAGUAGAGCUCUAGAGACAAAUGACAGCAAUGAUUUCAUUCUAGGGGGUGACAACUGUUAUCAUUUGCUCUAUGCAAUGGGGGCUCUAGGCAGUGGAGAUAUCAGUUGGCAUGGAGGAAAUAAAGGAUCAACUCCCGAAAUGAUAUGCCUGACCCAGGAGUCUGUACCCACUACAAUUGAACCCCCUACAACCCAAUCCCCAACAACUGAUCCCCCUACAACCCAAUCCCCAACAAAUGAUUCCCCUACAACCCAAUCCCCUACAACUGAUCUCCCUACAACCCAAUCCCCAAAAACUAAUUCCCCAACAACUGAUCCCCCUACAACCCAAUCCCCAAUAAAUGAUUCCCCUACAACCCAAUCCCCAACAACUGAUCUCCCUACAACCCAAUCCCCAAAAACUAAUUCCCCUACAACUGAAUCCCCUACAACCCAAUCCCCAACAGCUCAUUACCGUACAACUGAACCCCCUACAACCCAAUCCUCAAGAACUGAUUCCCCUACAACUGAAUCCCCAACAACUGAUCCCGCAACUACCCAAUCCCCAACAACUGAUCCCCCUACUACCCAAUCCCGAACAACUGAUCCCCCUACUACCCAAUCCCCAACAACUGAUCCCCGUACAACUGAACCCCCUACAACCCAAUCCCCAACAACUGAUCCCCCUACAACAUCUGCAUCCCAAACCUGCAGAGAUGAGUUCACCCAUAAUUGUAACUCAGAUAACACUCGGUGUACAUAUCACCUGCAGUGGGAAUGGAAUCAGGAAACAGAUGACAUACUGUUCACCCUGAGGUCAACAACUCCUGACAGAUGGGUUUCCGUAGGCUUUAGUAAUGACAAACUCAUGCCCAACACUGACAUUUAUAUUGGUUGGCUGGACAAUGGUAUCCCAGUUGUCACUGACAGAUAUGCAUCAUCGAGGAGUGAACCCCAAUUGGAUAGCUCCCAGGAUAUUGGAGUUGGUGAUGGGGGCUUGCAAAAUGGGGUCAUGACUCUAAGGUUCAACCGUAGUAGGAACACUGGUGACAGUAAUGACUUUGACUUCACUACUGGCUGCUAUUAUUUCCUCUAUGCCUGGGGUGGGAGUGUAACAGGCAGUGGUACUUCAGCAACCACUGGCUAUCAUAUUUCUAACAGGCGUUCAUCUGUUAAUAAACAAUGCAUAGAUAGUACUAUAUGUGAGACAGUUAGGAAGAAACGACAUGCAGAUGAUCACACUACUCAUGAUGACAUCGGUGGUUCUCCAGAGCCUGAACCAGAACCUGAACCAACAGAUGCUGUAGAGUUACAUCCCAUGGACUGCACAGAUCUUGUGGUUGGUACAGCUCGGGGGAUUCUCAGUCGUGUGGGUGACUACUAUACCAGGGACCGCUCUACCCCCAGAUUUGAUGCCAUCUAUGGGGGUACUGAGAGCCUAACGGGAGCUGUAGGGGCAGAGGUUGAUGGAUGGACAACCAUUAAAAUAAGAAAAAAAAUCAAAGCUAGUGAGCAAGCAGACCACAGUCUAGAGGCAGGGGCCAUGCAUGUCAUCUGGGCCAGGGGUCAGGAGACAGACUCCUACAGGCACUAUCCAAAGACUGAACUGGACCUUGGGAACGCUUCUGAUCUAGGGUUCUAUCGAGAUGAUGAGUUAAAGUACCAUGGACGCCAGUCUUCUGGUCACUCGAAUAAACAACGUGGUAUUGUAACAUUGGAUUUCCAUGCCCAUAGAAACUUUGCUACAUGUUCAGGGCCUUUGUAUGCACACCCCUCAGGUUGCCAGGGUAAUGAAUGUGACUACCAUGCCUCAUUUACAUAUGACAAAUACACAGAAAGUGUUACAUUCAUUGUAAAGGGAAAAAAUAGUGGAGACAGAUGGAUCGGAAUAGGAUUCUCCAGUAACAAUAUAAUGCCUGGCAGUGACAUAGUCUUGGGAUGGACGAGUGAUGCUACUGCUGUUGUGAAAGACAUGUGGGCCAGUUCAUGGAACACUCCAAAAGAAGAUGCUGAACAAAACCUGGCCUCUCCCUCUAUCAGUACCAAUGAUGGCUUCACCACUAUGACUUUCACCCGCAAUAUAAGGCCAUCUGAUGACUCAGAGGAUACCUCAUUGGAAGGAUGUGUCUAUAUGCUAUAUCCUCUAUCAGGAGGACCUGUCACCAAUGGGAAGAUUGGGCAUCAUGACCAGGUCCCCAUUAUCUCACAUAAGACGAUUUGUAUUUACCAACAGUGCCACAUAACAUCGAUCAUAACAAUAGGCAUUGAGAUUCAUAUAACAAACUUGCAGUACAGUAAUGACUAUAAAGACUUGAAAUCGGACAGAAGUAAAAGUCUUACUAAUUUAUUAAAGGAAGAGGCAAAUAAAUUCUUCGCGGACAAAGAUGGAUAUAAGGAAAUUGUAAUUAAGUAUUACAGAAGUGGUGGGCCUAGUGUGAAAGCUGGGUUUGAUGUGGUCUAUGAGUCAGGUUACUAUGACGCUGCAAGAGUGGAGUCUGAGGUUAGAGUGACCCUAAAGAGCCAGCUAGCAACAGGUCACAUAGGGUCUCUAGAGGUCAACACAACAUACCUGACAAUGACUGAUCCUGUUACUAUUGUCAAAGAGGAAGAUGUAGAGUCCUCGACUGUUGGGCUAUCAGAGAUGGACAAAAUCUACAUAGUUAUUGGGGUAGCAGCAGGAUUAGUGCUUCUUUUUAUUGUUGUCUUUGUAUUCAAACUUGUUGAGCACAAGCGCAAUGAGGAAAUCAAAAAGAAGAGCGCUGUAGAAAAACAAAAGACUCUUGAUGAUAUAGAUGCCAUCUCUCUGGGGACAAACUCUUUGGGAGGUUCUAACUCCCUAAAGGGGACAAAUCAUGGAGUCUCCUCCCCCAGGAACAUGCCCUACAGGGUAACUGCUCCCCCUAUGACAUUUGACAACCAUGUAAUGCAGAGACUUGAUAGUACUAGUAGUGAUAGGAAUUCUAGGCCACUGCCUCCACCCCCUGGGGAUCUCAUACCCCCAAAGAGGCCAUCGAGGCAAAACAGACCGCCCUCACAUCAGAAAGAACAGUCAUCAUCUAUUGGAGACACCGUCAGGACACAAUAUCCUACAUUCGACAACAACAAUCGGCAACCCCUACCAAUGAUAAAUGGGAGAUCUCCGCAACAAAGCAUGAGCCCAGUGAAAUAUAGCACCCAGCCGCACUCUGGACAUAGGGCUGCAAGUGCAUACUCCUCUUCACCACCAUAUGAUAGCAGUGGCCCUGCCUUGUUCUUUGAUGAUACCCACACAGGUCAUGCUAAUACUCUCCCCUACAACCCUGCCAGGGACUUCUACGUUGAUGAUAGAAGACAUACCAGUUACGAUAACCAUGGCUAUACAUACGCAAUCCCAGGUUACUACAAGGCUGACUUUCCAUUAUAUGAUAAUUAACAUGCAUGCUUAGUCAAGACUAACAAAGAUGCAUGUUAUGGUUUAUAGAUAUGUUGUGUUUCUGUUUAAUUAUCUACAUAAAAAGAUAUUUGCAAGGAUAUGCACAUUACCCCUGAUUGAUGCAUGCAUAUAUAUUCAUUAUUCAAACAAUAUAUUCAAAGCUUAUCAAUUAAUUAUUGAUAAUUGAUUAAUUGAUAAUUAUUUCUGAACUGUACAUGCAGUUGUACUUAGCAUGGUGCAUUUUGAAUUAAUUUUACAUUAACAACAUGAUAUCUUUAUUUUAGUAUAGAACUAGCGUUAGAACUUGAUAUAAAACAACUAAUUCUUUGAUUUGAUAACAUUACAACAAUAUUAUGUAUAUG